AUGGCCUCCAUUACUAACACCUUCUCUUUUCACUUCCUCUUGCUCAUUCUCAUUUCUCUGUCCCUCCAACCACAUGCUAGGGAGAGCAAGUUCUUCACCAAGUUCACUCGUAAUUUUUCUAAUGCACCAACAAUUGUGUUGUCACCGUCACCGGCACCAGCACCGGUGUUGGUUCCGGUAAUUGAGUCAGUCCUGGCACCAGACCUAGCACCGGGACUGGCUCCAGCACCGGCACCAGCUGAGGAAGAAAAUGGUUAUGGUCUUUAUGGUCAUGGGUCGAGUGAGUCUUCCUCGGAGGAAUUCUACUCAACCAAUGAAACCCCGGAGAAAAAGGAGACUUUUGGUGUUGAUGAAUUCAAAUCGGAAACGGAGACUCCGUUUGAGAAGUUGCUAAGUAGCGAGAGUUACUCUAAUGGUAAUAAUGGUUAUUCGAGUAACAAUGGGAAUGGCUACUCUAGCUCGGUGAAUGAGAACAAUGGCUACAACAAUAACGAAAAUGGUUAUGAUGGCUACAACAAAAAUGAGAAUAGCUACGUGGUGUCUGAAAACAAGAUCAAUGGCUACAACCAAAAUACGUUUAGCAGCAAUGGUAAUGGAUACUCAAACUCGAUUAAUGAGAACAACGGCUACAAGACAGAUAGCUAUAGCGAGAACAACUACAAUAACGACAACGACAACGAUAUGAGCUUUGAAAAUGAGAAAAAUGGCUACAAUGUCAACGGAUACACGAACACGGAAGAAGAAAACAAUGGUUAUAACAACAACAACAAUAAUGGAUAUGUGAUGGGGCAACAAGGAUUGAGUGACACAAGGUUUUUAGAGAAUGGUAAGUACUCAUAUGAUGCAAACAACAAUGGAAAUGACCAUGAAACAAGUUAUGAGGAAGAAGUGAGCGACAAUGGUGAAGUCUAUUAUAGAAAUAAUGAAGAUUCAAAAUAUGAAUUCGACUCCAUGAGGGGCGACAGACAAAGCGGGUAUGUAAAGUGGCACCCAUAA